AGACAUUAACGUAGUUGAGAUUGAGAAAAGAUGAUCGUUACAUAUGAAUGAUUUUUUAUGUGCAUACAAAAUAAACACUUAGAAUGUCAAAGAAAGAAAUGUUAAAUCUGCAUCAAAACCAAUACUUAUUAUGGUUUAAGAACAAUUAUCUUCAUAAAAUAAAAGACAGAUAUAUAACUUCAGUUUCAUAUCUAUAACAGGGUUGAAAGUUUUCUACACUCCUAUAUUUGAAUAAUGAACUGGUUCUCAACUGAAGAAUAUCAUUCAACAAAUCAAAACAAUGAUCAUCCCUACAUUUUGUGUAAUCAAUCCAAUACACAAGGGAAUAUUAGUGAAGAUGAAACAUUAAACAUAGAAACAAAUGUUAAUAACACUAAUAACAGAGCUUCAUUCACCCAAUGUUCAUGUUUAUCGUCAUUAGUAGGAAAUCACUAUCAAAGUACAAAUCUUUUGGAAAAAACAUCAAGACAACAAUUAUCAGAAAAAUUCAUAAGAGUCCCAGUAAUCCCUAGUUUACCAAAGGAAAAAGUUGACUAUAUAAAUAAUAAUGUACAGAAUUGUAUUAAUUGUAAAGAUGAUUCAAUAAACUAUCUGGAAAAUGUACAGUUCUCCCAUGAAUACGGAGAUGAAAUUGAUCAUUUAUAUAAGAAACUACGAAAAAAUUUAAAACAAAAUAGUUUACUUGAAUAUUAUUUUUUCUUAAUUCUACAACAUUUAUUGAAAUCAUUAAUAUUAUAUAAAAAUAAUUCUAUCAACCAAAAAUAUGAACUUUUACAUACAACAUAUAUAUACAAUACAUAUUCUAUUAUUGUAAUAUGGAAAACUCUUAUUCAAAAUUGUCAUUUAUUAAUAUGUUCAAUUAAAACAAAUCAUCAAAAUCAUUUAAAUUAUUUUAAAACAUUGAAUACUGUACAAAAAUAUAAAAGUAAAAGUUUAUUAAAUUUAUCAAAUUUUAUAAAUUAUAAUAUAUAUCCAUGGAAUAUUACAUGUAUAUAUCAGUCAUUCUCUCAAUGUUUUAGAUCUAGUUUACCAAUAUUGAAGACUGAACAAGAUAUAGCUAUGAAUGUAAAUCCUAUUAAUAAUAAUAAUAUGGUUAAAAGUACAUCAUCUAGUGAUUUUGAAUCGAUUUGUUCAGAUAACGACCUUCUAGAUAACCAUAUAGAAAGUGAACAUUCAACAAAUAUUUUCAACCGAAAUAUCUGUCUGUCUAAAGAAUUAGAUACAGAAUCCAAAGAUACACAAAUCAAAUCUAAGAUAACUUUAGAAUUAUCAAAUUUAAAUUCUUCAAACAAGAAUACAUUUGAAAAUUUAGAGAAACUUAGUUCAUCGACAAAUAAUGAAUUAACACAUUCAUCUAUAUCUAAUAGUGGUUGUUCUGCAUUAUAUUCACAGUUACCAAAAAUCUCUAUACCGGACCCACCACCAUUUACUCCCCUUCCUCCUCCACCUCCAUUCCCAGAAAAUUUUUUUUCUUCAUCGAAAAUAUCAUUUACAUCAGUAUCAGGUGAUACUUCAAUUGAAGAUCAAGAAAUAAAAAAUCAAACAGCAUCCAGUACUACAAAUAUAAGUGAAUCUAAUAUUCAUAAGUUAAAACCAUUUCGUUGGACUAAAGUCUAUACAUCUAAAUAUAAUAAUGUAUGGAAUAACAGUAAUAGCACAUGCUCAAAAACGUCUGACCAUAAUGAAACAGUAAGAAGAAAACCAAUCAGCUUUAUUAAUCUGAGUAAAUUAAAUAUCCUAUUUGCUCAAAAGCAGAAACUUUCUAUGAAAAAUCCUGAAAUGAAAGCAUCACCGAACACAGAGUCGUUUUGCCUACCAAUGUCGACUGAUAAACAAACAGUUGAAAGGGAAAUUAAUCAUGGCUCCCUCCAUCAGAAAUUCCCAGUUGAUAAAAAUGUACAAGAAGGCAAUUUAAUAGUGCCUCCAACCUCGGAUCCUAAACUACUUCGUGCUAUAAAUUCUUAUGCCAUACGUGGGAGAUCACUUUCAUCUUCGCGUACUAUGGAAUUUAUUCAAAAACAUGAGCCCAACUUAUUGGAAAGUCAACGGUGUUUGAAUAUAAACAUUUUCCUACGUCAGUUCCGACAUAUUCAUAUAAACUUACUUGAUCUGAUUGAUCGGUGUGAUGGUAGUUCAAUUGGUUCAGAACGGUUAAAAGAUUUGAUUAAAUUACUUCCAACAGAUCAAGAAAUAAAGUGCUUAAAAGCAUUUCAAGGUAAUGUAAAUUAUAUGGAUCCAGCUGAACGAUUCUUUUAUGAUUUAGUUAGAAUACCGAAAUAUUAUCACAAAAUUGAUAGUAUGUUAUUGAAAGAAGAAUUUCAACCAACGAUCAACUGGAUAAAAUCAUCACUAGAUAAUGUGAUGAAAACCAGUCAAGAAAUACUAAAAUCUCCGUUAAUUUGUGAAUUACUUCAGACUGUCUUAGAAAUUGGAAAUUAUAUGAACGAGGGUAACAAUCUCGGAUCAGCAUCUGGCUUCAAACUUUCCAGUUUAUUAAAACUUUCUGAAGUUCGAUCAAAUGAUUCAAAGUUCACUCUAUUACAUUUCCUUGUUCAGGAGUUUAAAACAAAUAAUCCACAAAUGUUAAGAAUUACCGACACAUUACCAUAUUUAAAGGAAGCAUCAGAUGUAUCACUUGAUUUAAUUAUAAAAGAAAUUAAUCGGUUCAAAAGUAGAUUACAAAAUAUGACUCAAAAUUUUGAUCCAGAAACGUUUGGAGAACAAUCAAAAAUUUGUGAAUUUAUUGAGCAAUCAAAUAAAGAACUAAAUGAUGUACAAACACAAAUGGAAAAACUUCAAGAAUUAGAAGUAAAGUGUGCACAAUAUUUCUGCGAAUGUCCAACACAAUUUAGAAUUACAGAGUGUUUACAAACAUUCAGUUUAUUUUUUGAGAAAAUGAAAUCCACAGAACAAGAAAUAAAAGAAUUUGAACAAAUGGAUAAAGAGAGAUUGGAAAAAUUAAAUAUUAAGGAUACAUUGAACCAAACAAAUACAAAAUAUAAUCAUAAAAACAGUCAAAUAGUGGAAGAUAAACCAAAAUCAAUCCAUGAUGAACAUAAUACAAUGAUGAAUCUAAUUUCUAACAAUAUAUCAAAUCCUAGAAUAGUACACAAUAGAUCAAGAAGUCGUUCUAGUGCGAAUACACUUAAUUUUUCUAACCCUUCAAAUUCAUUUUCUAAAUGCACCAUAGAAAAUAAGAAUCCGAAUAAGGACAAAAAUUAUACAGAUGAAUUGAAUAUGGUUUCAAAAUCUACUAAUAUUUCACAUUCAACAUCGGUGUUUGAACAUUCAUCAACAAACACAAAUGGAAAGAACAAUAACAUUAGAAUAAGAUCACGUCAAUCAGUUGGACAGCAUCGUAUGAAUACUAAAUUUCAAAUAACUGACAAUGAAUUUGAACGUGAACGUGGGCCAUGGUCACAGAUUCAAAAUCAAUCAAUUAAUUCUUCCAAAAAUGGUAUUAACCAACAGUUAAAUGAGUCGAAAGCCAAUCAAAGUAGUGAUGAAGAGACAGUAUAUCAUUUGAAUGAACGAAUUAAACGAUUAGCAUUAAAACUUAAUAAAAGCUAAUGGUACAUUAAUUAACAAUGUAGCAAGGUUAUCAUUUUAUUUUAGAAUUUUCAGUUUUUAUUCAAGAUUAUUUAGUAAAUUUUAGGAAGAAACCUUUUUGUAAUGCUGCCAUUUCAAAUUAAUGUAAGCAUAAAUAUCUAGAUUUUCUUUAAUUCAAUUUUUUCUGUAAAUGAGUUUUAUUUGAUUUCACUUGAGUGUGAUCAUUGAAUGUACUAUAAAUGUUACUUGUGUCUUUUAUCACUGUAUUUAGAACAGUUAUAUCGACAAUAUAGUAAA